AAUGUCUCUUGACAAAAUAAAAGCGUGUAAAAAUUACGGCUUCACGCUUGAAUAGCCAAGAGUAUAUAAGCGGGAAGUAAAUUCAGAAGCGGCGUCUUAUGUUCAUUUCAAUGAACGGGGAAAAGAAGAACAUGGGGUUCCGUAUUUUCUUAUUGACUGCUCUCUCAAGCACUUUCCUUCAUUUGGGACAUGCCUCCAAGUGUGACCAGGAGAUAAUAGAAAAAAUAAUUGAAUACUGGAACGGCUAUCCUCCUGGGCAUAUCAUAGAAACGGCUAUAGCAAAUGUGAAAGAAGUAGUUGUCGGAACUACACACGGGUACUACCCUGACUGCCCGACUUGUGUCUACUCAUUCUUCAUGCCGGACAGAGUCUUGAUCGCUCACGUAUACGGAGAUGGAGAGACAGCAGUUGAUGUUGUUCCUCAAAUUGAGGAACAUGGGGCCACAUAUGAUCCAACCACAUGUACGCUGAGAUACCAUGUAUACACGAAGUGUAAUGUUACAGGAUUUUACACAUGUACCACCUAUGGUGAAGAAGGCGACGCCAGAGGAGCGAUCAAAGUGAGAGCCGAUGGUUACGACCCUACCUAUGUCGAGGAAGCUAAAGAGGUGCUAAAGUGUAUUGGGGUGGAGAUAACCGAUGAGUACCCGGACCAUUGUUGCUAACAAUGGAAAUGUUGGAUUGUUCAGAAUAAACGCAUGAACAUGAAUACAAUGUCUCCUACGUA